GAUGAAGUAACUUGGAUGAAGGUUCUAAGUCUUGCUGCCAGGACUUGGCCUACAGCUACUGGUUGCUGUUUUAGGGUUUCUGAACUACAAGUGUUGCUGGGCUUCGCUGGACGGAAUAAAAGUGGACGCAAGCAUGACCUCCUGAUGAGGGCACUGCAUUUACUGAAGAGCGGCUGCAGCCCUGCGGUUCAGAUUAAAAUCAGAGAAUUGUACAGACGCCGCUACCCACGGACACUUGAAGGACUUUCUGAUUUAUCCACAAUUAAACCAUCCGUUUUCAAUUUGGAUGGUAGCUCCUCACCUGUAGAACCGGACUUGGCGGUGGCUGGGAUCCGUUCAUUGCCUUCCACUUCAGUUACACCUCACUCCCCAUCCUCUCCUGUUGGUUCUGUGCUACUUCAAGAAACCAAGCCUACGUUUGAGAUGCAGCAGCCAUCUCCCCCUAUCCCUCCUGUCCAUCCUGAUGUGCAGCUAAAAAACCUGCCCUUUUAUGACGUUCUUGAUGUCCUCAUCAAGCCCACAAGUUUAGUUCAAAGCAGUAUUCAGCGAUUUCAAGAAAAGUUUUUUAUUUUUGCUCUGACACCUCAACAAGUUAGAGAGAUAUGCAUUUCCAGAGAUUUUUUGCCAGGUGGAAGGAGGGAUUACACAGUCCAGGUUCAGCUGCGACUUUGCCUGGCAGAGACGAGUUGUCCUCAAGAAGAUAACUAUCCCAAUAGCCUGUGUAUCAAAGUCAACGGGAAGCUGUUUCCUUUGCCUGGCUAUGCACCACCACCUAAAAAUGGGAUUGAACAGAAGCGCCCGGGGCGCCCCUUGAACAUCACAUCUCUUGUUCGGUUAUCUUCAGCUGUGCCAAACCAGAUUUCCAUUUCUUGGGCCUCUGAAAUUGGAAAGAAUUACUCCAUGUCUGUUUAUCUUGUACGGCAACUCACAUCUGCCAUGUUAUUACAGAGAUUGAAAAUGAAAGGUAUUAGAAACCCUGAUCAUUCCAGAGCACUAAUAAAAGAAAAACUCACUGCUGAUCCUGAUAGUGAAAUUGCUACCACUAGCCUUCGGGUGUCCUUGAUGUGCCCUUUAGGGAAAAUGAGGCUGACGAUCCCGUGUCGUGCAGUGACUUGUACACAUCUGCAGUGUUUUGAUGCUGCUCUUUAUCUGCAAAUGAAUGAGAAGAAACCCACCUGGAUUUGUCCUGUGUGUGACAAAAAGGCUGCCUAUGAGAGUCUCAUAUUGGAUGGGCUUUUUAUGGAAAUUCUCAAUGACUGUUCAGAUGUGGAUGAAAUCAAAUUUCAAGAAGAUGGUUCCUGGUGUCCAAUGAGACCGAAGAAAGAGGCUAUGAAAGUGUCUAGCCAACCAUGUACAAAAAUAGAAACCUCAAGCGUUCUCAGUAAGCCUUGUGCAGUGGCUGUAGCCAAUGACACAAGCAGGAAGAAAGUGGAUGUGAUUGACCUAACCAUAGAAAGCUCUUCUGAUGAAGACGAGCCUCCUGCCAAAAGGAAGUGCAUCUUUAUGUCAGAAACACCAAGCAGCCCGACCAAAGGGGUCCUCAUGUAUCAGCCGUCUUCUGUGCGGGUGCCCAGUGUGACUCCGGUUGACCCUGCCACUAUUCCGCCUUCACUAACAGACUACUCAGUACCCUUCCACCACACGCCAAUAGCAAGCUUGUCAUCAGAUUUGCCAGGUUUGGAUUUUCUUUCUCUUAUUCCAGUUGAUCCCCAGCAGUACUGUCCUCCUAUGUUUUUGGAUAGUCUCACCUCACCCUUAACAGCAAGCAGCACGUCUGUCGCCACCACCAGCCCCCAUGAAAGCAGUGCUCACGUUAGUUCAUCCAGCAGCAGGAGUGAGACAGGGGUCAUUACCAGCAGCGGACGUAACGUUCCUGACAUCAUCUCACUGGACUAAGGAGGACACAUUCGAUUCUAGGAAUCAUUCACCACAACUGCUCUCUGUUGGAUCUUUGGUCCGUGGAACCUGUUUUGGGGGGCGGGGCAGUUACUUUGAUAUUUAUUGAAACGUCAAACGGAUUCUUUUGCUUUCUGAGAAACAAACAGAUGACUGCAGCAAGGACCUGAUGACAUCUAAGGUGUUUUUCUUCAGAUGGAUUCUGAGUUCACGGGACUGGAUGGAUUCUACAAAUAAGUUUUUUUUUAAAGAAACAAAAAGUUUUCAGUUGUUGUAAUAAAUGGCAAUAACACUAUGUAAAUAUUAAGUAAACACUUUUCUAAUUAAGAAAUACAAGAUGUAAUGGAUGAUUCUGGAAUUGCAGCAAUGUUUAACUUGGCGUGAAAGAGAGGAAGAAACAUCCAUGGCCGAGAGUCCUUUGCUGAAUGGGUCUUUCCCGGGGGGCUCCCUUGAAGUAGGUGACGCCCGGGUAAACGCGGCCCAACCCUGGGCUCCUGCUUCUCCUGCAGCUGUGUCUGCUCCCAUAGAGAAAAGGGCCGCGGUGCGCCUGGGUGCAGUCGCCACGCCAGAGGUGAAAUGGGAGGGAGGUGCUCGUGGGCGGAAUGUGUGGUUGGGUGUACAUCCGGCUUCAUGUGCAUUGUUUCUGGUAACUACAUUCUCAGUCGGGAAUGGUCUAAUUUGGGAGCUGGCUCUCUGAAAAAAAAAAAUUUAAGCAGUCUGCUUGAGAAGUUUUGGGGUGUGGUGUGGAGGUGGGGGUGACAAAGUGACUUCUUCCUAAACAAUCUGCCACUCUAACCAGGUUAUACAUAAGUAUUGGUCUCGUGACCCUGACACAGAAAUGUUCUAGAUCACUGAUUAUAUUCCUCAACAAUAUCUCGAGCUUAAUGAAACAGUAGCUUUCUAACUUGCAAAACACAAGGAAUUGGGGUUGUAGCAGAAUUUAAUAUUUUGAGAAGGAAAUCUUUCUUGAAACCAUGAAAGAAAACAAAGUAUUAGAAAUGUUUGAAAGGAAGGGAGGAUGGACCAGGACUCCCCUGGCUUCCUGGCUCCAGCCGGCCCUUGAAGACUCCCAGCCUUCCCUGCAGUCUGGUGGGUGCACCUCUGAAAGCCACUGUCCUAUGGCUCUUGUACUUUUCAGUCACAAGGAAGGGUUUUACUGGUUAGAGAAGCACCGUGUUCAUCCAGUUUCUGUUUUCCUUUGCUUUCACUUGCUUUCGCCCUCAGAGGGUUAAUAGUAACCCAAGGUUGAGAUUCUCUCCCUGAGCUGUAUCUGUUUCCUUCAGAAAUAACACCACCACCUCUUUUGAUUUUCUCCCCCUUUACCUGGUUACUCAAACGGGAGGAGCCCCUUCAGUCUGUUAGACGAGAGCACCAGUUCUCCGUGGCCCUGUGAUGAUGCCACAGAGCUGGCUCUUCCCUGCAUACUGCAUGGGCGCCUUCUCCAGUCUCCCCGCUUUCUCCUAGGCUGCUUUGUUACUGGUUUGAUGUCACUGGGUUUUCUACAUCCUCCCGUGAUUUUUACUACCCCUUCCAGAAGGCUGCUUAUUGCAAAAGAAGUGGAAAAUAACCGGGAUCUCCCAGCAGUGAGUUACCACCACAGUUGCCAAUUAGACCUUUGUAAUAGUUAGAUUUCUAGCCCAGGAUUUAGUCCUUGGGUCCAGAUACAGAAUUUCUUCCUCGUUAAAUUCCAUGUUGCUGCUCUAAAUACAGAUGCAAUUUCUGUUCGCUUUGUUACGUUUAAACUGAUGUGUGUGGUAUCAUUUGUUAAUAAAGACGUGAUGUAUCUUUGUUA